AGUGUUGGCAAACAUCAAAUCAAACUCUAAACGUUCGACGUUGCUUUUUUCACAUUUUUGUUGCCGCUAUGACAUUACAUCUUUAGGAAUCUCCUUGAAUUCCCAGAAAUCCAUAGAAGGAGCCGAGGAACGAGUAUUAUAGCAAACUUAUGAGCGAGCUAGCAGCAGAGAGCAAAGGAAAAGAGAUGGGCGUCGGGAGCCCUAGAGGUGCUGACGGGGAUGCGGAAAAUCGGAAAGGAGCACUGCCAACCGCCAAACUGGACGACCUGGUGCAGUAUGUAAGCUUGCACGUGCGCAUCCCCACGCCGCUGACGGGAGUGGUUUUACCAUUUUUGCCGCUCUACCUCGGUGCCUUUUACUUGUGGAUCCACGUUUACGGAAGCAAUUCUCCAGGCGACGAUGACUUUGCUCCGCGUGAAAAUUUAACGUCGACGGACAUAAGGACAACGUGGAACGAUGUGGGAUUCAUCGGCAUUCUGGCAAUUGCAUUUCUGCAUGUGCUUACACUGCUCUUUUGUUAUUGGAGUGUCCAUGUGCUGGCCUUUCUUACCUGUCGCCGGGUGAAGCUGCCUGGUCCCAAUGUUCUGGCCAAGGUAGUGCCUACGGCUAACAAUGGAAAUUCAAAGAUUGUGCCUGUACGGUCCGCCAAGCUCGAAGACGGAUCUACACAGUAUUACCUCGUUUUCCAGAAGACAAAGUAUGUCUGGUGCCACGAUCGAAAGACUUUCCGAUCUGUGGAAUUCCCAGUGAACGGACUACUAAGCAGCUAUGCGUCAUCUCGUGGCCUGGAGACUGAAGAAGCCAUCAAAGCGUCUACCCUGACAUAUGGUAACAAUGAAAUGGAUAUGGUUGUGCCAGAGUUCCACGAACUGUUCAUCGAACGUGCCACGGCGCCAUUCUUUGUAUUCCAAGUGUUUUCCGUGGGUCUAUGGUGCAUGGACGAUUACUGGUACUACUCCUUGUUCACGUUGUUCAUGUUGAUUGCCUUUGAGUGCACCAUUGUCAAGCAGCAGCUCCGAAACAUGUCUGAGAUACGAAAAAUGGGCAACAAGCCGUACCAGAUCUACGCCUUCCGGCAAAACAAGUGGCGCCACAUUGGCUCGGACGAACUGCUGCCUGGAGACUUGGUUUCUGUAACGCGUUCCCAAAAUGACAACCUUGUACCCUGCGAUUUGGUCAUCCUGCGUGGCUCCUGCAUCGUAGACGAGUCAAUGUUGACCGGCGAAUCGGUUCCACAAAUGAAGGAAUCGUUGGAGUCUGUGGAUAACUUGGAUACAGAACUGGAUACCGAUGCGGAGGGUAAGCUGUUUGUUCUUUUUGGAGGCACAAAGGUUGUUCAGCACACCGCUCCGACAAAGGAAUCUCUACGAGCUCCGGAUGGUGGUUGUAUUGGCUAUGUCAUCCGCACUGGAUUUAACACCUCUCAGGGAAAGUUGCUCCGCACUAUCCUAUUCGGUGCAAAUAGGGCCACGGAAAACAAUUCGGAAACCUUCGCAUUCAUUGCUUUUCUCAUGGUCUUUGCCGUAGCUGCCGCAUCGUACGUCUGGGUGAAGGGCAGCGAGGAUCCUGAAAGAAACCGCUACAAACUAUUUUUGGAAUGCACACUGAUUUUAACAGCCAUCAUUCCGCCUGACCUGCCAAUCGAGUUAACACUAGCUGUCAACACAUCCCUCAUUCAGCUGACGAAGUUUUUCAUCUUUUGUACGGAACCCUUUAGGAUUCCCUUUGCCGGAAAGGUGCAGAUCUGCUGCUUCGACAAGACCGGCACCUUGACCACAGAUAAUUUAAUGGUUGAGGGUAUAGCAGGAUUGGCUCCAAAUGGAGUCUGUGUGCCCAUCGACCAGGCGGAGUCCAAUACGGUUCAGGUGCUAGCCUGCUGUCACUCACUGGCGCUACUGGACGAUGGUUUAGUAGGUGAUCCACUCGAAAAGGCAACCCUGGCCGCGGUGGACUGGAAUCUUACCAAGAUGGAUAGUGUUAUUCCAAAAAGAACUCAGCUUAAGCCACUAAAGAUUAUGGCGCGAUACCACUUCUCUUCCGCGCUGAAACGAAUGUCCGUUCUAGCUGGUUAUUUGGUUCCUUAUUCAAACGAGGUUAGGCACAUCGGAGCAGUCAAAGGUGCCCCCGAGGUUAUUCAAAAGAUGUUGACUGAGGUGCCGGCGGAUUAUGAGAAGGUUUAUUUGGAGUAUGCCCGUCGAGGAGCCCGUGUCCUGGCCCUUGGUAUUAAGGAAUUAGGCACUUUAAGCGCGCAGAGAGUUCGGGAAUUGAAACGCGAUGAAGUGGAAUGUGACUUGACCUUCGCUGGCUUUGUGAUCAUAUCCUGUCCCAUGAAGCCCGACUCCAAGGCGGUAAUCAAGGAGUUGAUUCAGUCCUCGCACAAGGUGGUUAUGAUUACGGGAGACAAUCCCUUAACCGCUUGCCACGUAGCUCGUGAGCUGCGUUUUACGCGAAAGAAGCUACUUAUUCUUACGCCGCCUAAAAACAUAGAGAAGGACACAUGGAAUUGGGUGUCCAUUGAUGGGGACCAAACGUAUAAGAUGGAGAACCGCCAGAAGAGCAUAUCGAUGAUAUUAGCCACUCAUGAUUUAUGCAUUACAGGCGAGGCUUUGAUGUACCUCCAACAAUUUGAACCAGCCUACAUGCGCCAAAUACUGCCACAGAUCACAAUUUGCGCUCGAUUCGCUCCUAAGCAGAAGGAAUUUGUCAUCACGCAGCUUAAGCAAUUAGGAUACUGCACUUUGAUGUGUGGCGAUGGUACAAACGACGUAGGAGCUCUAAAACAUGCCAAUGUUGGUGUCUCGUUACUAACCAGUGCACCGGUGAAAAAGAAGCGCCCUGAAGAAGAGCAGCAACAACAAGCAACAGUGGCAACUCAGGCGGCCAAUCAGCAGUUGAGCCCAAGGGAGCGAGCCCUUCGUCGUCGGCAAGAACAACUUAACCAGACGCAAGCACGCCUACAGAGUGCUCUGCGUGACAUUGAAGAGCAGACGAUGGUCAAGUUGGGUGAUGCUUCCAUUGCAGCUCCCUUCACCAGCAAAUCAUCAUCGAUAGUUUGCGUUAAUCACAUUAUUAAACAAGGUCGCUGCACUCUGGUCACCACUCUUCAGAUGUUUAAGAUUCUCGCCCUGAAUGCUCUUAUACAGGCCUAUUGCCAGUCUGUGCUAUAUAUUGAUGGCGUUAAAUUUAGUGAUACUCAGGCUACUAUGCAGGGAAUUUUUAUUGCUGCCUGCUUUCUGUUUAUCACGCGAGCCAAGCCGCUGAAAACUCUUUCCAAGGUUGCACCGCUGCCAAACAUUUUCAAUUUUUACACAAUUUCCACCAUUCUGACACAAUUUGCUGUUCAUUUCGGAACGCUUUACUAUUUGACUAGUGAAGCCACUAAGUUGGCACCUCCUAGAGUCGGCAAAGUGAAGUUGUAUAUUGACAUGGACGCUGAGGAAAAGACCAAAUAUGAUCCAAACAUUGUAAGCAGUACGGUGUACAUCAUCUGUUUAUCUUUGCAAGUGGCAACUAUAGCAGUCAAUUAUAAGGGACAUCCGUUCAUGGAGAGCUUGCGUUCAAAUCGUAUGUUAAUGUAUGCUAUCGGAGCAUCGGCAACCUUGGUGCUGCUCUUAUCCACGGGCCUGGCGCCCGAAUUAACGGAGUUUUUUGAAAUCAUCAAAUUCCCAACUGAGUUCCGUACAACUUUGCUAACGGUACUGGUACUGGAUAUUCUUGGGGCUUUUAUAUUGGACCGAAUUUGCUCAUUUCUGUUUGGAGAAACGCGUCGAAAGUCCAAAGUGCUUAACUGUUAGGUCUAUGUAAAAAUAAAUGCUUAAGACAAGGAGCCGCUUCAAAAUCCCAACGUUCCAAUUUUUUGUUUGUAUACCUAACGUUAAGACAUUUAUAAGGUCGGUUUCCUUAAGGUUUAAACUCUGCAUGAUGAAAACAGUAUAAUGCAUUUAAUUUUAUUAUCGGACUGUAUAUUAUCGGGAAAAAUAUAUUAUAAAGAUUAACAAAGAAAGCCAAGAAGGAUCGAGACCCGUAAUCGCAACUAGUAAAAUUGCCGUAAAAUUUGUAAUGCAAUUAAAAUAGACAAUUAAAAAAAAUAUUUUUUAAAAA